AUGUCUGAUUGGAGAAGAAUUGAUAUUGAUGCAUUUGACCCAGAGAGCGGAAGAUUAACGUCGAAGGAUAUUGAACCACCAUAUCCUUCUCAAGUUACAUUACAAGAGCUUUCUACAAAGAUCUCUCAAUUACGCUCUUUAGCUAGUAGUGGUGACGCCAAGUCAGCUGUAGCGCUAGCGGUUAGUGAUCCACCAUAUAGUGGUGAUGAAUCUACUAAGAAUGAAUAUUUUAAAGUUGUCCUUGAGACAUUAUCAAAUGUAAGACAAGCUGAUAUUUCUGGAAUUGUUAGCGGAUUAACUCCAAUUCAACAGGAUGUGCUAGUGAAGUAUUUGUAUAAAGGAAUGUCUAUUCCAGAGGGACAAAAACAAGGUGGUAUCUUAUUAGCAUGGUUUGAAAGAGUAACACAAGUAGCUGGUGUACGUCCAGUAUCACAUUUUAUCAAUGAUAGAAACACAGUUUAA